AUGCAGACCACCGCUCUACUGCUCACAGCAUUGUCUGUGGUCCUAGUUGACCACCAUCACCAUGCGUAUGCCGCACCGAAUCCCGCCGCAGGGGAGACUGCUCGCUCCCUAAAGGAGAUCGAGCAUGUCGUUAUCUUCAUGCAGGAGAAUCGAUCAUGGAACCACUACUUCGGAACCAUGGCCGGUACUAGGAACUUCGGGGAUCCAAAUGUCCAAGUCAAUGACGAUGGAAUGCCCGUCUUCUCUCAAAAGGUCACACCACCAAGGCAAGGUGUCAAUAGGCUGACGCCGUGGUACCUGGGCCACCUUGGCGGAACAUGGUCUGAUGGCGUCCAAUGUGCAGCGGGAGGCAGCAAUUCCUACCCGGAGAACCAGGCGUCCUUGAACGGAGGCAGAAACGAUCGAUGGCAGUACUUUGGUGAACCCACUAACUGGGGGUUCCUGAAGCGACAGGACAUCCCCGUCCACUUCUCCGUGGCAGAGGGCUGGACUGUCGGGGACAUGUACCAGCAAUCGCAAAUCACGGCAACAAACCCCAACCGAGUCAUGCUGGUUAGCGGAUCGAUCAACGUCCCGGGAAGCCCCCAGAAACCUGAUGACGGAGGCACAUAUCUCGAUAACAACGAGGUUCCCGGCUGCCCUCUCCCCCAUAUAAACUGCUAUCCACUCAACUGGAAAACCAACUAUGAAGUCUAUGAAGAUGCCGGAGUGUCAUGGCAGGUAUAUCAGGACAGGAACAACUUUGGUGACAACCCGCUUGCCCACUUCCAGAAUUUCCGUAAGGCGCCUGCAGACUCACCUCUUACCAAGAAGGGAAUGUCAUACCUGGGAUUGGAGCAGUUUUACAAAGAUGCUCGUGCUGGCACCCUUCCAGAAGUCAGUUUCAUUGUCGGCCCCAUGGAAUUGUCCGAACAUCCUCCAUGGCUGCCGAAGGAUGGUGCAUGGCUGCAGCAACAAGUUAUAGACGCGGUGACCCAGAGUCCAAAGUACGGCAAGACGGUCUUGUUAGUCAGUUAUGACGAAUCCGGUGGCUUCGGCGACCAUGUUACUCCUUACCAUUCGCCCAAAGGAACCCCCGGCGAAUGGAUGAGAGAUUACCUAGGCCAACAGGGCGACAUUUUCACUGGCCCAGGGUGGAGAGUGCCCUUCUACGUGAUCUCUCCGUUCACCCGUGGAGGCCGUGUUUUCACCGAGCACGCAGAUCAUACCUCUCAAAUCCUCUUUGUCGAACAGUGGCUUGCUAGUAAAGGAUACGAUAACGUCACCUUGCCAAGUAUGGUUCACUGGCGCCGUGAGCAUAUGUCUAACCUUGUUAGCAUGCUCGACUUUGAGAAUGCGGAUACCUCCGUGCCCCAAGUUCCCAAGGCCGAAGUCCCUAGAAAGAACGCGUUUGGAGCCUGGGACGGACUGGCAAGAUGUAGAGCUCGUUUUACCAACCCUCCUGCACCGUGGACAUCUCAACCAAAGGGUUUCCCGCCUCCAGGGCUCAUCGAGCAAGGUUACAAGCAAGUCGUUGGAACCCUCACAGAAGGGAGAUAUCUUGUAUUCUCCGCUCAACAAUCUUCCAACAAGGAUGAGUACCUGCUCUCCCACAAAGAUGCGACGAAACUUGGCGUUAUUUCCAAGUCGAGCACCGACGAAAAACGUUACGCUCAGCCAGAGACUCGAUUCGUCAUCCACUAUUACAACAACGGUGCAACUGACCUUGAGACUAGACUGACGAAGCAGGAUGGACCAUUCCUCGUGUCGACCCCAAAUAAAAAGCGUUGGUUAGGGCCCAAGGGAACGCUAGUAGAGUCGCGCGACAAGGCAUCGCCCAUGGACAUUGAUUUUGAUGCUGGAGGUCAGGGUAAAUCCCGUGGUUACUCCAUGAAAUACGCUGGUGGUGGAGAUAAUGGCUUCGUAUCCGUCAGCCAGGGAGCUAUCAGUAUCGGCAAGGCCUCAGCACAGUUCAAGUUCAAAAUAUGGAGUGUUUCUUACGAUGGAUAA